GAAACAGAGGAGCAGGCCCUGCAAAUUCUUAACUAUUUUUGGCAAAUUGAUUUUCGAAGCUUCUUAAUUCGAGCUCUCUUCUUCUCUUUGGUUUUUGCUUACAAGGUUAGGGUUAGGGUUUUGAAAAUAGUCAGAAAGACGACUGUAAAUUACUCCUGAUGGAGGGUUAGGGUUUUUGGACUGGUGUGAAAUUGGACGAUGGCGGCGGUGAAUCCACAACCUCUGCAAGUGCGUCCGUACGAGGCGGAGGCGGCUUCGUUUCAGGUGGAGGAUGACGAGGGCGAGUACGAGUACGGCGGCGGCGAUGAGGCGAUGGAGGGCGGGGAGGAGGAGGAGGCUCAUGCGAUCUCGGCGGCGGCGGCGCGUGGUGGAGCAGGAGGAGUGAGUGUGCUUACGUCAGCCGCGGCGGUGGGGACGAGGACUAGUGAGCUGACACUCUCUUUCGAAGGCGAGGUUUUUGUGUUCCCUGCUGUUACGGCCCAGAAGGUACAAGCGGUGCUUUUGCUAUUGGGAGGACGUGAUGUACCAAGUGGUGUUCCUACUGUAGGAGUGACUUAUGAUCAGAAUACAAGGGGUGUGAGUGACACCCCGAAGCGUUCAAAUCUUUCCCGAAGAAUAGCUUCCCUGGUUAGGUUCCGUGAGAAACGGAAGGAGAGGUGUUUUGAUAAGAAGAUUAGGUACACUGUGCGUAAAGAGGUUGCACAAAGAAUGCAUCGUAAAAAUGGACAAUUCGCAUCCUUAAAAGAAAAUUCUGGUGGUUCUGGUUGUGACUCGGCUCAAAGUUCCCUUCAAGAUGGCACUCCUCUACCUUUAACUGUAUUACGAAGAUGUCAACACUGUGGAGUUGGUGAAAAUAGUACUCCUGCUAUGCGCCGUGGGCCUGCAGGUCCAAGAACUUUAUGUAACGCUUGUGGUCUUAUGUGGGCAAAUAAGGGAACAUUGAGAGAUCUCAGCAAGGGAGGAAGGAACCAUUCCAUGGACCAUAUUGAACCAGGAACACUGCUGGAAAUGAAGCCUUCAGUUGUUGAAUGUGAAUUCCCUGGCAACCAGCAUGGGCAUGGAGCUCCUGUAAAUCCUUCUAAAUUAGUUAUUGAUGGAUCCAAUGAUGCCUCUGUCAACCUUGAUGUGGAAAAUUUUCAUGAAUCUGGCGGGGAUCUUGCAAACACUUUGCCUAUGGAAAUUGUUUGCUCAACCAAUGAUGAUGAGCAGGAGCCUCUGCUCGAGCUCCCUAAUACUUCAGAUACAGAUUUUGACAUCCCUACUAAUUUUAAUUAGAAGGUGAUGAGUUAGCUGAUGAUGUCAUGAAGUCUAGUUGGCAUCUGGACCGUGUGGGUUUUAGUUUCUCUCAUGCUCUUGUGCGAGAUGCAGGCCGAAGUUAUUGCACAUAUGAAGUAGUGGUAUUCAGCAGCUUCUGAGUUAAUAUACGCUAAGAACCGUGACCGUCUGAUUGCUAUGUGAGUUGAGGCGGCAAAUAGCUACAUUUAGAUGACAUUUGUUAAUGUGGAUAUCAGUUGUUUUUACCUUCUGUACAAUAGUUGUUAGGAGAUAUACCUUCUGUACAAUAGUUUGACAUGCUGCAUUUCAAUUGUAGUAACAGUUGGUGUUGGGAUGAUAAUAUAGUUUAUGCUCAACUGAUGGAUGAUAGCGUUAGUUUAUACUUGUUUCUUUA